AUGACUAAAUGUGAUAUCUGUAACAAAGGGAUAACCACAAAGGUACCCGGACUGGAAUGCAGAUCCUGUGGCAAGGUGGUUCAUGCUAGUAAAGCUUGCUCUGGUCUCAACGCGAAGCAACUAUCUGCGCUUCGUAAUGCGGACAGACUAGACUGGACAUGCGAAGAGUGCCAUCAGAAUACACCUAACAGAAAGUCAUCCUUCAUUAUUCCAGAAGAAGACGAUGAAAACAAUGAUGUCGCGGUCUCUGACAAUAGCUCCGGCAAUUGUAUGAUAGACACAGAGAAGUUUCUAAAAGAUAUAACAGCAGAAAUGAAAAAAGUUUUAAAGAAAGAACUUCAACCAAUCGAAGCAUCAGUGAGCUUCUGUUGCACAAAAAUUGAUGAUCUUUCCAAAAUUGUCGAAGCUCAAAACAAACAUAUCCAGGAAUUAGAAAAGAAGUACAACUACCUUCAUAACGAAAAAACCCAUCUUGAGCUUGAAAUGAGCUCACUGAAACAAUAA